AUGGCUUCGUCUCCGCCCGCCUUCAACAUUGCCCACGGAGGAGACGACGACGACGACAUUGAAGAGGAUGUAGAGAUUGAAGACGACCUCGACGACAUGGACGAGGCCGCAGAGGAUGACGUCGACCUUUUCCGCGAGGGUUUCGAACAAGACUACCGGAGCAAGGAGGAUGACAGAUACGAAGGGAUCGAUAUCGACGACGAGGGCGAGUACGACCAGAUGGACCCGGCCACCAGGAGGCAGCUCGAAGCGCAGCUCGCGCGCCGCGACGGUGAGGUCGCCCGUCGACAGCGCAUUCCCGCCGCGUUCCUGCCCGGCGAGGAUGACGAUGGCGAUAUCGACCUCACAGCACAGCCCCGUCGCCGGCGACACGCCUAUGACGAGGACCCCGACGAUGCGAUGGACGAAGACAUCAUGGACGAAGAGCUCUCGCUCGAGGCUCUCCAGGACGUCAAGGCAGGCGAGCCUGACCGACUGGGUGUCGCAGUCGUCCGUGCAGAGGACCAUCAGCGAGGAGUUCAACAGGAGUCCAACGUCGAGGUCAAGAUCUCGUACUGCCAGAGCUGCCAGUCCCGCGGCCCCUUCACCGUCAACUCGGAGAAGACGGUCUACCGCAACUACCAGAAGUUGACCCUGCAGGAGUCGCCCGGCACAGUGCCCGCCGGCCGUCUUCCUCGCACGAGGGAGGUCAUUCUGCUGUGGGAUCUCAUCGACAAGGCCAAGCCCGGCGAGGAGAUUGAGGUGACGGGCAUCUACCGCAACAACUACGACGCACAGCUCAACAACCGAAACGGGUUUCCCGUCUUUGCCACCAUUCUCGAAGCCAACAAUGUCGUCAAGUCCCACGAUCAACUGGCUGGUUUCCGCAUGACGGAGGAGGACGAGGCGGCCAUCCGCAAGCUGGCCCGCGACCCCGGCAUCAUCGACAAGAUCGUCAACUCCAUCGCCCCCAGUAUCUACGGCCACACGGACAUCAAGACAGCCGUGGCGCUGUCGCUGUUUGGCGGCGUUGCCAAGGUCGGCAAGGGCUCUCACCACGUGCGUGGCGACAUCAACGUGCUACUCCUGGGUGACCCGGGCACGGCCAAGUCGCAGGUGCUCAAGUACGUGGAGAAGACUGCGCACAGGGCCGUCUUCGCGACGGGCCAGGGUGCCAGUGCCGUCGGUCUCACGGCCAGCGUGCGGCGCGACCCGCUGACGAGUGAGUGGACGCUCGAGGGCGGCGCGCUCGUCCUGGCGGACAGGGGCACGUGCCUCAUUGACGAGUUUGACAAGAUGAACGACCAGGACAGGACGUCGAUUCACGAGGCCAUGGAGCAGCAGACCAUCUCCAUCUCCAAGGCGGGUAUUGUCACGACGCUCCAGGCGCGCUGCGGCAUCAUCGCCGCGGCGAACCCCAUCGGCGGCCGCUACAACUCGACCAUUCCCUUCUCGGCCAACGUCGAGCUCACCGAGCCCAUCCUGUCCCGUUUCGAUAUCCUCUGCGUCGUCCGCGACACGGUCGAGCCCGAGGAGGAUGAGCGGUUGGCGCGCUUCAUCGUUGGCUCGCACAGCCGGAGCCACCCCAACCCAACGCUGCUCUCGCAAGACCAGGACCAUGACUCGAUGGACGUGGCCGCCGGCGACACGCAGCGAUCCGAGGCGCAAAAGGCCAAGCUGGAGGCCGAGAAGCGGAGGAAGGAGAACGAGAUUCCCCAGGAGCUGCUGCGGAAGUACAUCCUCUACGCGCGCGACCGCCUGUCACCGAAACUCUACCACAUGGACGAGGACAAGGUGGCCCGUCUGUUCGCCGACAUGAGGCGCGAGUCUCUGGCCACGGGUGCUUAUCCCAUUACUGUCCGUCAUCUCGAGGCCAUCAUCCGCAUCAGUGAGGCCUUCUGCCGCAUGCGACUGUCGGAGUACUGUUCCUCGCACGACAUUGACCGCGCCAUCGCUGUGACGGUCGAGAGCUUCGUCGGCAGCCAGAAGGUCAGCUGCAAGAAGGCUCUAGCAAGGGCGUUCGCCAAGUACACACUCGCGAGGCCGGGCGCCGGCACUCAGUCCCAACGCAGUGCCGGAACGAGCCAGGCCUCGAGGCGGACGGGCACCGCUGCGGCAUGA